AUGCUAUAGUAUAAACUAAUCAAUAUUCGUGAGUUCCCUAAAGGUAAAUUAUUGUCUAAAGAAUGGCAUAUUAGAAUUAAUGAUGGUUUAACGUAUGUAUUUGCAAUCGAUCAUGAUUAGGAUUUCAAAAAAGGUUUUAUAAAAUUGAAUAAUUGCAUUCUUGAAACUAAAAUAAAGUAAAACUAAUUUUCUAAAUAGUCGUAACAUCAAGUUCCCAAUCAAAAUUGAAAACUCGUAAUUUGAGAUUGUAAUUAAUUAAGAACAAUGUUUUUUACUUAUUAAUGGAAGAAAUGUUGAAGUAGUUUAAAAUCGUUAACCAGACUCUAUUAUGUUGUAAUAAAAUCAAAAUUAGUAAUAAAAUCCAUACUCAGAAAGUUAAAUCUAAGAUAUGCUUGUGAUUUGUGAUAGUAUUAUAUCAGCUUUGUUUGAUGUGGAUUUUAAUACUAAAUAACAAAAUAUCUCAGAACAAUUGUAAAUUUUGGAAUCAUAUCUAAAUAACACUUAAAGAUAGGAUCUUCGUGAUCAAAUAUAAGAGAAGAUUGAUUAAUUUAAUUUAAUUCAAUAAUAAAUGGCACAAUAAAUUAAUUUUGAAGCCAAUAAUUAAUAAAUUUAAAUAAAAAAAGAUACUAAACAAAUAAAUAUUGAAGAAGUUAAGCCUUCUAAACCAAGAAGUGAAAUAAAUAAGGAAACUUGUUGUAUUAUUUGUAUGGAUAAAGACAUUACUCAUGCGUUAAUACCAUGUGGACACUAAAAAUAUUGUGAAGCCUGUGCUUUAAUGUCUGUAAAUUUAAAGAAGUGUAGUUUCUGUUAAUAAGCAAUCACUAGUAGUAUUAGAAUUUUUCGUUGA